AUGAGCUUUUCAGGGUUAGUUCCGGACGACAUCUGUGGUGCGUCCACCGUACACCCCCCACCAUUGGCAAUAACGGUGCCGGCUUACCAUUUGGAGGAUCCCUUUCCCUCGCGCGAUGACGUGCCCUACCCAGAGGAGGUGCACUCCCCCAUUAUCAACACCACGAUUAUACAGAAAGCGAACUACCCCACCCCCGAGGCGGCGCGCAUCGCCGAGAAGGCUCUGCGCACCGCCAAGACGUACUAUAAACUCUUCUUCGACGCGGCGGAGGAAAAAAGAGGAGGCGAGCGGCGGGAGUCCAAAAAGGCGCGCUGCGUCGCGGAGACCCCGAUGGUGGAAUUCCCCGCCGCGAUUCCGAACCACACGCGGGCGGAGAAGUGCAAUGGGGCGCCCUCCACGAACGACCACAAGGCCGCGUCGGAGGAUUCCGACGAGGGCUCCUCCCCGCUUCAGGUGCAUGAUACCCUUUACCACACCUUUUUCCCCCCCAAGCUCAGCAAACGCCAGCGAGAGGCGAUCACGCGACGCAUCAUCGGCCGCGAACCCCGGCCGUUCAGCAAAUUCGUCUGGCGGAAGUUGAGCCCGCGGUGGGAGGGGAGCGGCAGCCCCGGCGGGCGCGCCCUCCUCGCGAUGCCGAAGCUGUCGUUCACGACCUCGCCCCGCCCGUCGCUGCCCUCGCCGGCGGCGGACGCCUCCUUAGGGUGGGGGGAAGAGGGGGAAGGGGGGCGGGCCUCGCUCCUGCCGCGUUUCACCGCCCGUGAGCGGGAUCAAGACGGGGCGAAACCCCCGUCCUCGUCCUCGCCGGGAUUCCCGACGAUGGAAGGGACGCUGUCGUCGAUGGAGGGGCCGGAGUGGGCCGCCCCACGGCGGGAUUUUCGCGCGCUCGCCACGGUCGACCCGGCGCGCGAGGCCGCCUGCGGGCGGGUGUUGGAUCGCUCGACCUACACGAUCCCCGCCUCGCAGCAGGGGCCGGAGUAUUUCAGCCGCCACGUCCGCGAGAGCGGGGGGAAAACGCUGAUCGUCGUGAUGGUGGGGCUCCCCGCGCGUGGGAAGACGUUUCUCGCGCAGAAAAUCUGCCGUCUUCUGGGCUGGCAAGGGACGCGGGCGAAGGUGAUGAACGUGCAGGUCGCGUGGAGUGAGGUGGUGCGGCGGUGGGAGGCCGCGCAGGCGUCCGCGGCCGCUUCCACGCGACCCCCCCCGACGGAUGCGCAGCCCAAGCGAUCCACCUCCUCGGCGUCGUCGGCGUCGUCCUUUCCGUUGGGGUCGUCAUCCGUAGGGAGGGGGGAAUCGGGGACGGCCUCGGAAACGACCUCGUGGCGAUCCGGACGGGCGCACCGGGGGAAUUCGAAUUCAACCACCACCACCACCACCGCCCCGCUGCGGUUUAGCGCCCCUGCUUUUCACAACGCCGUGAGCGAUCCGCACCUCCGGCACGCGGCGAACGAUAUCGACGAUUCCGUGUUGAUGGAGGCGUUUGGGAUCGGCCCUGGUGCGGGCGCGGCGGGGUCUCUGGAGCUCCCCCAAGCGGCCGGAGCCGGGCGCGCGAAACCGGCGGAAAAGGACGCGAUCCUCGAGGAGCGGGAAAGGGAAAAAGAAAGAGAAAAGACGAAGGAAACAGAGAAAAAAGUCGACGGCCGGGGGGCGUACCUCCGGGUGGACCACUUUCGGCGGCUUCUCUGCGAGCCUGAAGGGGUGGAGCGGGGGAUCUAUCGCGACGUCUUGGCGUGUUUCGCCGAGGAUUGCCGGGAGUUUUUUAGUCAAGGCGGGCAGGUGGUGCUGAUCAACGACGACUUCGUAACGGAGGAGAUGCGGCGGGAGGUCGAGCGGCUUUUCCGGCCGCUUGCGGAGCAUUACAUGUACAUGGAGGUGCUCCGCGAUGAGGGCGUGAGCAGGCGGUUUAACGUGUGCAAAGUACGCGAUCCGAGGGAGUACCCGAGGGAUUUCAUCUCCCGCCGGGAUGCGAUGCGCGAUUUCGAGAAACGCACCCGGCUCCUCAAGAGCCUCUACGAGCCGUUGGAGGAUGGGGCCGCCGCGAACACCUCCACCCCUACCACCCCGUUUUCCCCCCCCUCACGGUGUUAUCUGAAAGUUCGCAACUCCAACGUGAUCGAAUCGCACGGCCUUAGUGGGUACCUGGCGAGCCGGAUCGUCUUCUUCGCGAUGAACCUCUCCCAGACGAGGAUGCAGCACCCGAUCUACUUCAUCCGACAUGGGGAGAGCUGCUACAACCUGGAGAAUCGGGUCGGGGGGAAUCCUCUUCUCACCGAGCAGGGGAUGCGCGACGCCUCCGCGCUGCUGGAGUUCCUGAGCUCGCUCAAAACCCACCUCCGGCGGAUCGACGCGCUCCGACAGCGCUAUCGCCGUCGAAAGCGCCGUCAUCGGGCGGAAAAAGCGCGGGAGGUGGAAGCCGAAAGGCAGGGAGCGGAGGAACGAAGAGGAAAAGGCGGCGCGAUCGCCGUGGGAUCGCGCGAGACGACCUCGGAGGAUUCCACGGCGCCCCCACUCGCGCGCCCGCGGCGCUCCCGCACGCACACCCUCGAGCUCUGGACGAGCCAACUGCAGCGCGCGAUUCAGACGGCGGAGCUGGCCGAGCGCCUGUUGAACCUUCCCACCCUGCGCUGGAGCCGCCUGAACGAAAUCCACGCCGGGGUGUGCGAGGGGAUGACCUACGCCGAGGUCCUCGCGCAGUACCCUUUGAUCGACACGUUUCGCCGCAAAAGCAAGUACACCUUUCGCUAUCCGGACGGGGAAAGUUAUCAGGACCUCGUCGCCCGCCUGGAGCCGAUUAUUCUCGAAUUGGAGAACACCGAUCGGGUGGUGGUGGUGGUGGCCCACCAGGCCGUCCUCCGCUGCCUCCUCGCAUACUUCGGCAGCACCUCCGCGCAGAGCAGCGUCUGCCUCCCCGUCCCCCACCGCACUGUCUGGCGUUGCGGGUACGACUCGAAGGGGAUCGCGAGCCUCGAGGAGCUCCGCCUCGACGACUCCACCGCGGGGCUGCCGCCGGGGAGGCUCGACUUCGCGAACCCCACCGAACCCCACGACGAGAAUCCCCUCAACGGCGCCACGUGA